AUAGGAAGUGACGUCACUCGCCCGUCUGUAACGGGUGACGCGACGGGGCUUGCUAGUUUUUUACUGUAUUGAUGAAAACGCCUUAGUCGUCGGUCAAUAUGCCUUUUGUCGAUUUAAACAGCAAUUUACCUGCGAGCGCUUUCUCACAAGACUUUGUCAGCAAGUUUGCUUCUUUCACUGCCGCCGUUUUGGGGAAGACUGAUGACAGAAUGAACGUGAUGGUGAAACCAGGCCUGCCAAUGAUGGUCGCAGGAUCCUGCUCUCCAUGUGUGAUGCUGUCAAUCUCUGCUAUCGGAGUGACCGACACCGCUGACAAGAACAAGGAGCACAGCGCUAAGAUCUUUGACUUCCUGACGAGGGAACUCAGUCUGACUGAAGACAGGAUUGUUCUUCAGUUCCUCAGUUUGCAGCCUCACCAGGUGGGAAAGAAGGGAACAGUCAUGAGCUUCCUGUGAAACAUGGCCUGUAAAUAAUCGACUAAAAGACAAUAAAGUUUAAAAUGUGUCAUUUAUCGCACUCUCACUUGUGUGUACACACUCACUAGUUUCUACCAGUGUUUACUUCUUCAUAAAUGGUCCUAGUAUGUGAGUGUGAAUGUUGUCUAUCUAUCUGUGUCUGAGAGGGACAAGCGGUAGAAAAUGGAUGAAUGGAUAAAUGUUCUACUUUGAUAUUUACAAUGGUAAUUUAUU